GAUCUUUGUCUGAUGUGAGCCAUCGUGUGUGUCGGCCAGCGGAGAGAGAACCGGAGAACCGCAGCGGCAGGAUGGGGAAGAAACAGAAGAAAUCCGGGGAGGACAGUGCCAAAGACGACGGCAUCGACAUCGACGCUCUGGCGGCAGAGAUCGAAGGAGCCGGAGCCUCUAAAGAGCCAAAAGGGAAGAAGAAGAAGAAAGGAGCCAAGAAGGACGACUUCGAUGAGGAUGACAUCCAGAAGGAGUUGGAGGAGUUGUCUCUGGAGGCUCAGGGAGGGAAAGCAAAGAAAGCAGACACCAUAGAGGAAGCGGAGAGCGUCGAGCCUCCCAAACCAGAGAAGAAGAAGACCAGGAAGGGGAAGAAGGGUGGAGCCAGCCCAGAGGAUGAGGAGGGUGAUGAAGGUCAGCUGACUGAAGAGAGGAAUGGAGAGCAGAAAGACAAUAAGAAGGCGCCUCCUGCUGCUCCUCCCUCCGACUCCGAUGAAGACAGCGGCUCACGUUCUCGCCUCAAGACCAAAGAAGGCAGGAAGGGCGGCAAAAAAGCCUCAAUGUCGGAGGAAGAGGAGGGCAAAGACGAAGAUAAAGGCGUGAGAAGAGGAGGAGGGGGGAAGGAGGAGGACGACGACUCAGAGGACGAAGAGUUCACCUCCAGGAGAGACAAGAAGAAAAAGAACAAAGGGAAGGCAGCGAAGGCGGAGAGCGAGGAUGAGGAGGAGCAGGAUGAGGAGGAGGGUGGAGGCUUCAAGAUGAAGACGGCGGCUCAGAAGAAGGCGGAGAAGAAGGAGAGGGACAGGAAGAAGAAGGAGGAGGAGAGGAUGAAGCUGAAGAAGCUGAAGGAGAAGGAGAAGGAGACCAGCGGGGAGGUUAAGAAAGAGCCAGAGACGAAGGCGGCAGAUGCCACGCCCCCUCAGACAGCUCCACCUGCAGCGGCGAUGGAGGAACAGGAAGGGGCGGAGCCAGCAGCAGAAGAGGAGGCUGAGGGUGACAAGAAGAAAAAAGACAAGAAGAAGAAGAAGGGAGAGAAGGAGGAGAAGGAGAAGGAGAAGAAGAAGGGACCCAGCAAGGCCACAGUGAAGGCCAUGCAGGAAGCCCUGGCCAAGAUGAAGGAGGAGGAAGAGCGAGCCAAGAGGGAGGAGGAGGAGCGGCUGAAGAGGCUGGAGGAGCUGGAGAAGCAGAGGCAGGAGCAGGAGCGUUUGGAGCAGGAGCGCAAGGAGAAGAAGAAGCAGAAGGAGAAGGAGAGGAAGGAGCGUCUGAAGAAGGAGGGAAAGCUGCUGACGAAAGCCCAGAGGGAGGCCCGAGCUCGGGCCGAGGCCACGCUCAAGCUGCUGCAGGCUCAGGGUGUUGAAGUGCCAUCCAAAGACUCGAUGCCAAAGAAGAAGCCGGUUUAUGGAGACAAGAGGAAGAAGAAGCCCAACGCUCAGACUCCUGAAGAAACAUCGGAGGUGACUUCGCCGACGUCGGAGACUCCAGAGCCCGUUGCCAUGGAGACGGAGGCCGAGAAGCCGGCCGCGGAGACAGAGGUGAAGCCAGACGCUGCCGUCGACGACUGGGAGGCCAUCGCCACGGAUGAGGAGAAAGAGUUAAAGAAAGUCCACAUCGAGGUGAAGGAGGAGACCGCCGCUCCACCUCAGCCCACGGGCAGCGAGGAAGACGAGGAGGAGGAAGACGACGAAGAGGACGACGAGGAUGAGGAGGAAGAGGACGACGACGAGGAGGAGAGCGACGAGGAGGGGGAGAAGGAGGCGACGGCGGCGGGUCAGGCGAAGAGGAGGGCGGCGAAGGAGAGCGAGGACGAGAGCAGCGAGAGCGACGACGACGACGGCAGGACGAAGGAGGAGCGACUGUACGACCGUGCCAAGAGGAGGAUAGAGAAACGCAGAGCGGAAAACCUGAAGAACACCGACCUGGACAGGCUGAGAGCACCGGUGGUCUGUGUGCUGGGACACGUCGACACAGGAAAGACCAAGAUCCUCGAUAAGCUGCGACACACUCAUGUUCAGGACGGCGAGGCUGGAGGAAUCACUCAGCAGAUCGGAGCCACAAACGUCCCCAGAGAGACGAUUGAGGAGCAGACGAGGAUGGUUAAAAAUUUUGACAAAGAAAACCUGAAGAUCCCCGGCAUGCUGAUCAUCGACACACCAGGACACGAGUCCUUCAGUAACCUGAGGAACCGAGGCAGCUCUCUGUGCGACAUCGCCAUCCUGGUGGUGGACAUCAUGCACGGCCUGGAGCCUCAGACGCUCGAGUCCAUCAACCUGCUGAAGGAGAAGAAGUGCCCCUUCAUCGUCGCCCUCAACAAGAUCGACCGCCUGUACGACUGGAAGAAGAGUCCUGAGACCGACGUCGUCGCCACGCUGAAGAAGCAGAAGAAGAACACGAAGGACGAGUUUGACGAGAGAGCCAAGGCCGUCAUCGUGGAGUUCGCUCAGCAGGGUCUUAACGCCGCCCUGUUCUACGAGAACAAAGACCCCCGGACGUUUGUGUCGUUGGUUCCGACCUCGGCCCACAGUGGCGACGGGAUGGGAAACCUCAUCUCUCUGUUGGUCGAGCUCACCCAGACCAUGUUGGCCCGUCGGCUCGCGCACUGCGACGAGCUCCGAGCUCAGGUCAUGGAGGUGAAAGCUCUGCCCGGUCUGGGAACCACGAUAGACGUCAUCCUGAUCAAUGGUCGUCUGCGGGAGGGCGAGACCAUCAUCGUCCCGGGGGUGGAGGGACCGAUCGUGACGCAGAUCAGAGGGUUGCUGCUGCCCCCCCCUCUGAAGGAGCUUAGAGUCAAGAGCCAGUAUGAGAAGCACAAGGAGGUGUCGACGUCUCAGGGUGUGAAGAUUCUGGGUAAAGACCUGGAGAAGGCGCUGGCGGGGCUCCCCCUGCUGGUGGCUCACAAGGAGGACGAGAUCCCCGUUAUGAGGGACGAACUGGUGCGGGAGCUCAAACAGACUCUGAGCUCGAUCAAACUGGAAGAGAAAGGAGUUUACGUCCAGGCGUCCACGCUGGGAUCUCUGGAGGCCCUGCUCGAGUUCCUCCGAACAUCGAAAGUCCCCUACGCUGGUAUUAACAUCGGUCCAGUACAUAAGAAGGACGUCAUGAAGGCGUCGACGAUGCUGGAGCACGACCCUCAGUACGCGGUGAUCCUGGCGUUUGACGUGAAGGUGGAGAGGGAAAGUCAGGAGAUGGCCGACAGUCUGGGAGUUCGGAUCUUCUCGGCUGAAAUCAUCUACCAUCUGUUUGACUCUUUCACUAAAUACAGAGAGGACUACAAGAAGGCCAAGCAGGACGAGUUCAAGCAUGUAGCUGUGUUUCCGGUGAAGCUGCGGGUUCUUCCUCAGUUCAUCUUUAACUCCAGAGAUCCCAUCGUGAUGGGUGUUAGCAUUGAGGCCGGAGUCCUACGACAAGGGACGCCGCUCUGCGUCCCCAGUAAAGGGUUUGUGGACAUCGGCGUCGUCACCAGCAUCGAGAUGAAUCACAAGUCUGUCGACUGCGCCAAGAAAGGCCAGGAGAUCUGCAUCAAGAUCGAGCCCAUUCCCGGAGAGUCGCCCAAGAUGUACGGCCGCCAUUUUGAAGCCACUGACAUCAUUGUCAGUAAGAUCACGCGGGCGUCCAUCGACGCUCUGAAGAACUGGUUCAGAGACGAGAUGCAGAAAACCGAUUGGCAGCUGAUCAUGGAGCUGAAAAAGACCUUCGAGAUCAUCUGAGGAGCCUGAAACACACACGCACACGCUCACACACACGCACAGAUAAACACUCACACACACUUCCUCCCUCAGUUGACGAGCCGAUGACAGAAGGACAAAAAUGAAACGAAAAAAGACGUGAAAAGAGUUUUUCUGUGAGAAACGAACAGUUUUUUCCACUGUUGUAAACAGUGAUAGUUUAGACCACAUGUCACACACACACACACACACAGUAUUCCAACGUGCCUGUACUUCAGCAUCAACAUUGUGUUAUUAUAUUUUCUUCUUCUCUGCUCUGAUUUGUGGCUGCUGCUUCGUGUCCCAGGCUCCGCCCCCCUCCUCCUCAGACUGAGGCUAACGAGCUUAACGAGGCCACCGAGUCAGCAGAGCCAGUAUUCAGCCAAACCAGCUGCUGUAUUGGACCGUUCUGAGCAGCACCGGGGCUGGAGGAGGAAAACUUGUCCUUUUAUUUCCCAUUUUGUUUUUUUUUCUUCACAAAACACCAAAUGAUUGAAGCAGCAGGAGCAACGGUGUCGACUUUAAAGACUUCAAAGAGCUGACUCGUGUUCUUUGUCGGCCGUGUCGGAGGGCGAAGGGGGGAAGUUUGAGUGACAGAGGGUGUCACCUCUGCAAGAUUUUAAACUGUUUUUGCUGCAACUGCUGAUGUAAUAAAUUCCCAUGAUUCUGAUGAAACCUGCAGAUUGAGAGUUUUCAGUUCAGACCUGUUCACAUCUGCAGAACAGCAACAACGUUCACAGUGAAGCAUUAGGAUGUGAGUUCGUACAUGAUGGAAGUCUUGGUGUCAAUAUUACAACACAAUCUAAAUCUGAAAAAUCAAGUUUUAUUUCAUUUCAUAAAAACGUGAUUUAAAAAAAAAAAUUAGCGACCAAUGUUUGUUUGUUUGAAGCUCUCAUUGAAAAUGUUGUCAUGCACGACAGCGUCUUUGGAAACACAAGAACGGUCCUUUUGUUGGGUUUUUUCUCUCCGUGCUUAAAACAGGAUAUGAAGGAGCGGUGGCCAGUGUGCGAGUUGCAAACUGCACCUUUGCAUCUGAGUUUGAGCUUCUUGUCAAAACAAAAUUUGAAUGGUAUUUUUUUGGGGGGGCGUCAUUUUUUUAUUAGUUGAUUUUGACAGAUUUCAUAAAUGAAGCCUGAGAGCAUCCUGCUGUCAAAACAAAUGUUCAUUUUCUUAAGAAUAAAAAAAAAUCAACUUAAAUUUGCAAUUUAAUUUUUAAUGUUUGGGUUUCACUUGGUGAAUUUAAUGACAUGAGGUCUGCGUUUUUGCUCUGUUCAGGAGUGCACGAAAAAUAACAUUCAUAUAUUCAUUUUCAUUUGGGCAGUAAUUUAGCAUUUUUAAACGGUUUAUCCGAAAGUAUUGAGUUAGAAGAAAUGAACAGAGACCUUGAGUUUUUCCUUUAGCUGCUCGUUUUGACUUGAGAGAUUCAGUAAAAACCUGUGGAAGAACGCGCUAAAAUGUUAAAGUGUUUUCAUGUGCCUCAUGUACUUCCUGUUCACUUCGAAGUCCUCCAGGACAGUGAUCGCAGCAGCUGAUUUCAGGCCGUCUGCCGG